CAAUACGUUGAAUCCUACCUGUCGUAUUGGAGAAUUAAUGUGCAGUAAGAUUAACAAAUUUACUUGUUCAACAUCAUCAACCGACCAGAGAAACAUUCCGUAAUGAAAUUGAUAUUCUGUGUACUAUUGAUUGCCAUUUUUGGGCUUCGUAGUUCUGCUGGAAUUCUAAAUGGUGAGGUUGCCGAGCAAAGACCGUAUUUUGCAUACAUUCAAGGAGGCUCCGGUCCUACAGGUGGCGGGGCAUUUAUUACUAGACGACAUGUUUUGACGAUUGCAAGACUUAUUUCAGGAUUCACUCAAUGGCAAAUAGGUUACGGCGCUACAGUUGUAUCGAAUUUAACAAGAGUUACCAGCACCAUAGCCUUUAUACAUCCCGGUUACGUGUCACCAAAUACAAACAAUAUCGGUGUGAUUAUCCUGCCGCAAAUCAUCAACUCACCCCUUGUUGAACCUGUUAGUCUUCCCCUUCCUUCAUCAGUAAUGGUUCUCCCGCGUUUGGAUGAAGAAGGCACAAUAGUAGGAUUUAAUGUUCGGACGACAAGUGAAGUGCCCAUUGUAUCGGCUGAUCUACGUGCUGCCUACUUGCUAGUACAACCUAAUAGUGCUUGUGCUAAUAUGCAGGACACCGCUGAGAAUCUAUUUUGUGCCCGUGAUAAUGAAUAUAGUGCCAACGUGUGUACCCACAGCGUUGGCAGUCCCUUUGUCACAUCUUUCCGAGGAAAUUUAAUUUUGACUGGCUUGUUGACUCAAUUCGAAUUGUUUUGCAUUCGCUCUGAUCGGUCGAGAUAUGUUCAGACGCAGAACUAUUUAGAAUGGAUUAGAAGUGUGGCGAAUAUUAACUAGAAUGAAAUUGGAUUGAAGUUGGCAAUGGAAAUUGUAAAUAAAAAUUAUUUCCCGAGAAUUUUGAAAA